GGGCGGUGGGCGGCCGCUCGGUGCGUCUUUAAAUGUGAAUCCGCAGAGCGACGGUUGGGCGGUUGGUCGGUGCGUGUUCGAGCUGAGGAGCGAUGAGCGGGAGGUGCUUCGGCUGCGCCUCAAAAUUCGGUCUGUUGAGGAAAGAGCUUGGGUGUAAGAACUGUGGCCAUGCGUACUGUUCAUCAUGCCUCAGUUACAGCACCCUGGUCCCUCGCUUAGGAAAUACACAACAGAAGGUCUGCAAACAGUGCUACGAAUCCCUCACAAGUGGUGGGAAACGGGAAAACCCAGCAAGGUGGUCUCCACCAGACAACUACAAAAGGAGAGUAGCUGCUCUGGAGGCUCGACAGCAGAAAGAGGCUGGGGCCAAGAAAGCAGAAACUCAGCCUCCGGCGCUCAGUAUUGGCGCUAGGUAUCGGGGGCUGUCGAAGGAGGACCGAGCAAUCGCUGAGCGGCUGGAGAAACUGAAAGAAGAAACCAAACCCAAAUCAAUACCUUCUGACCAGGACAUUGCAUUGCGACUGGCCUCGUUGAAGAAUGACCCUGUGCGACCCAUCCCCACCACUGCCGAGAUGCAGGACCGAUUGGCAGUGCUACAGGGCCAGAUCCCACCAUCGCAGGCCCCCAAACCUUCUUACCAGGCUCCUAAUAACAGGACUCAAACAGAACAGGUCAAUGACCUCUUUGAGCAGUUGUCAGAAGAAGUGGCCAUUGACUAUAAAUACAGCACUGGUUCCAGGGUUGAAGGCACCGCCGGUGCAUUGAAUGACCUGAAUAAAGGAAUCGAUCCUCGUCAUUUCAACAGUGGUACCGAUGAUAACGUUGAGCGUUUUGAGGAGGAGAGGAGCAACUUGCUGGAGCAGGCGGAGGCUGAGCAGGAGAAUGUCCGUCAGGAGCCGCUGUUGGCGAUGGCGAAGAGGCUGGCCACGCUGAGAGGGGAGGAUCCCAAUGCAGUUACUGUGGAUGACUGGAAACAUACCGGCCAGGAGAGCGAUGAAGAAAAUGAAGAACUAGCAAUCCAGAGGGUUCUGAAGCAGGUGACUGAAGAGGCAAACCUGGAUACAGUGUCUGGGUACAACAUCCCUGUGGAGCAGCCCAUGUCAGCCCAGCACCAGCCUGCAGGGAGGAAGGUACCGUUUGCAAAGUUACAAGCCCCAGCUGCGGUGCCAGUGGUCGAGGCAGCAUCAGCAGAUGAAGAGGAGCUCCCUUGGUGCUGUAUUUGCAAUAAUGAUGCUGUGCUGCGCUGCCAUGGCUGUGAUGGGGACCUGUAUUGUCAACGAUGCUUCAGAGAAGGACAUGACAAGUUUGAUAGGAAAGAACACCGAACAUCAAGCUACCGUCCACCAAACAAGAAGAAGUGAAGUACAGGAACCCGUAAACUCAGAUCCUGGAAUGAUUGGAAGCCAAGUUUACAUUCACUGCACUACAGUCGCUCUUCAUUCAGUUAACAGUGGGAGUUGACCAAAGUGAUGGGAUUGUGUCAUCUUUUAAUGCCCUUUAGCCAUAGAUGCCAGAUAUUUCUGUGACUUUCUCCAUAAGAGCUCCAAGAUGCCUUUUAAUUCUUCCCGUUUGCAGGUGGCCUUGGACGCUACAAAGCAGUAAUCCCUCUGUGUGCAUUUGGGUGUUUUGCCUUCAUGUUUGAUAUAUGCGUUGAACUGCACGUUGGACGAGGAGAGGUACGAUAUGCAGGGAAUGUGUCUUUUGACGUGCUGCAGGUUCAGGAAUUGUAUAAGGCUUCAACUUGAUCCAACUUUCUGUUAAUCAUAAUUUGGAUAUCUAAGGGCUUGAGGCUUUAGCUGUGCAAUGGUGUCAGUACCAAUCUGUGGCAAUCUUGUUGUAUAAAUGUUAACUUGGCGUGGUCUAAUUGGAAUGUAAUUAAUUCACUGGAAUUGACAUUUUUUUCCUAGUGUGAGAGGACAUUAACAAAUUACAUUUGUAUAGUGCCUUUCACAUUGGGAAGACAUCCCAAGACACUAAAGGCAAUUAUUUACAGGCUUAAUGAUCAAAAGGGGUUUGAUUUGUAAGAUGGAACUGGCCCCAAGAACCACAGAGCUUUACUUGUGUUUUUGUCCAUUUUAUUGUUGCCCAAAUCAAGGCUAUGGGUAAUCAGCUCGCCAGCCUCCAUUAACAGUGGAAAAUGUUAACGUCUGAAUAAAAUGUAUUAGUGAUGGGGACAUGAAGGCCGAGUGACGUUGUACUGAAAAUCUCUGUUUUUAGGGCUGGUUCCGCAUAAAUGUAGUUGAGAACGUGACACAAAUCAUUAGUAAAAAUCAUUAUAAUCCUUGGAAUAAAUGAUAAUACUUGCAUUUGA